AUGCGAAAAAGUUCUCUGAGCAAUUUCGCAACUCAGAAUCUUUUUCAAUUUCCUUCUGUUGAUUUUGAAAACAUAAACGAAAGUGCCAUCAAAAGCAGCACUUCUUCCAUCCAUACAAGACCUUACGAGCAUGUAUCAAUAAAUCAACAAUCAGAAAACAGUCCUGUUUCCGAACCCAAGACGAUUUCUCGAUCUUCCAAUCCUGACUCUUGCAAGAAUAUACUUACCAAUGAAAACCAGCAAAUUGGGAACGAGCCCUCAGAGGAGUCCUUUUCCUUGGGUCUUGAAUAUAUAAGUGAGAUAUAUACUUCUAUGAAGCAUUCGGGUGCUUCAAAAAUAUUGCCUCCUCUGGGCUGGUCAUGCCCUUUAACUCCUUCCGCUCGUUCCAUACUGUCUCCUAUUUUUCACAAAGAGACAUCCUCUACAUUUUCAUUGUCUGAUGAAAAGCGGAUUGCUGAUCGAUCUGAUUCGGUAAUUCUUUCGUUUAUUUUCGUUCUAGGGAAGCAAGUUGAUCUUCUGCAACUCAAGCAAUGGCUGCACUUCUCGAAAAAGCUCGAUAUGUCCGAAUAUGAGUUUUGGUCUCAAGCGGCUCAAUUUUAUAAGCUGGAUGUUAAUAGCUUGAAAACUGCCUAUUCUACUUAUGAGUCUUGUGAAUCCCAAAGUACAAAUAAUGGCGGAGGCUUUUCUAGCUCACCAAUUACUCGUCCUGCGAAACGAGCACGUCGUCAGUUGCAUGGCCCAAAGUGCAAGGUCUGUGACCAGGAAGGCUCUGCAUUCGUCACUUGUUGGAUCUGUCAAUCAAGCUAUCAUUACUCGUGUGUAGAAGCUCCUUUUGCCCCUAUUACUGAUAUCCACUAUUUCACUUGUAACAGUUGUAUUCCCGACAAUCUUAAAAUUUCCUGGAAAGAUGUCGAUUAUCAUUGCAUUUCUUCAUUCCUUGAUUCCAACGCCCAAUUGGAAUCCUCUCUUUCGUCUGCUAUUUCUUCGUUUCAUGACGAUUUUUCUCCGUCGUACUUUAAUAAUUUAAACCAUUCUUUCCCUUCAUCAACAUCGCAAAAUCCUGAACGCAAAACUCGCUCAUCUUCAAAGGUUAACGAAGACUCGUCCGCAUCCUUCCCAUACGCUUUACUUAAUGCUGAAUCACAUUAUACAUAUCUCUCCCGUUUGUCUCCUCUGGAACAAUACUUUUGGUCUUCUUCUUUUUACCUAAAAUCUUCAAAGUCUGAAAUAUCCGAACAGCCCCUUAUUGGUUUUAGCCAAAACAAAACUGCUUUUCCAACCAAUCGACAGAGUCCUUACUAUAAUGAUCCCUGGAACCUUCCUUUUUUACAAUUUGCAAAAUUGUCUCCUUUGAAAUUCACUCCUCCUGAAAUUCUUACUCCUACCUUACAUUUUGGACAAAUGUUGAGCUGUCCUGGAUGGCGAAAAAAUACUAUGGCUUUAUUUGGUUUACAUUAUCAUCAUUUAGGAUCUCCGAAGACCUGGUAUGUUAUUCCUGCUGAAGAGACUGCAAAAUAUGAGAAACUUUUGUCAGAACUUCUACCUCCAUCAUUAAAGCAACGACCGGAGACAAUAAAAAAUUCUUCGAUUGUUCUUCCUCUUCAAGUUAUACUUGCUAAUGGGAUAAGCGUGAAUACAUUUUUGCAAUAUCCUAAUGAAUUUGUUAUCACGUUUCCCGAUACUUAUUAUACAUGUUUGGAUCAUGGGUUUAAUAUUUCUGAAUCUAUUCCUUUCGCCGUAAAAGAGUGGAUUACUGAUAAAUAUGCUCAACGAUCAUUUCAAACUUACAACGAAUUAUGCAUACCUACACCAUUUUCUUAUGACCACAUAUUAUUAGCAAAUGCUACGGUGGAUAAAACGGUCCAUUCAGCUUGUUGGCUUAUGACAUGCUUGAAGGAACGAAUAGACAACGAAUUAAAAGUACGGAAUGAGUUUCGAAAAAAGAAUGCUUCCCUUCCUUGGGUUUCCAUCCCUUUAGAAUCAUCAGUUAUGGCCUGCAGUCAUUGUAAAACGUUUGCUUACUUGGCCGCUGUCGGGAUCAAUAAAUCGACUCAAGUUUUCUGUUUGCUACACGCUAGUCAAAACUUGAAUAUGAAAGAUAAUGAUUUAACAGUCAGCGUCCGAUACAACGAUGAAGCUUUACUUGAUGCUUAUGAUACUGUUUUCAGUCGUGCCAAAAAAGCUGAUAUAUGGUUAGAAAAAUACCGCGGUGCUUUCUCUAAUUCUCGUCCUACUUUGAAGGUUCUUAAAGCUUUGUACUAUGAAGCGGAUACUCUGUCUUGUCCUAUAAAAGAAGUCGAUGAAGUUCGUUCAUUCGUCCAAAUGGGCCAAAAUUGGUUGGAAAAGGCUUCUGUCGUUCUAAAAAGAAAGGCUCCUGUAAAAAAGGACAAGAGAAAGAUAAAAAAGAGUGCUAAUGAAAGCCCUUCAGAUGAAAUGAUUUUAUCUUCAGCUUUAAAACAUAAUGAAUCGGAUUUACUGGUCAAGCUAGUUGAAGAAGGAGAAAAAUUUCCUUUCGAAAUUCAGGAAAUGGAACUACUUGUUGAGAAACUAGACCAAUUAAAGUCUUAUCAGAGUAAAGCAAGAUCGUUGAUGAAUCAGGAACUCACUUAUGACAUAUGCUUAAAUAUGGUUACUGAAGGUAAAGAGCUUCAGAUUGAAACCCCCGAAUUAGAGUUUUUUGAGAAGCAAUUAUCUAGUACAGCUUGGACAAAACAGUUUCAAGAAAUUUUUGGUAGAGAAGAUUUUACUUUAGAAGAACUAGUUGAUUUAAUCAAUCGAGGAAACGAGAUUGGGAUACCCCCCGAAAGUGAAGAAAUGGCCCAAGCUUUAUAUAUAAAAGAGAAAUCCGAACGGUGGAAUAAACAGGCCGAAACUUUUUUAAGUCAAGAAACUACGACAACUCAAAAGUUGGUGGGAUUAAAAGAAGAAGCAAAGCAGUUAUGUGUGGAUAAACAGUUAUUUGAUAAUCUUAAUGAUGUUUUAUUAAAAUCUGUAUCAUCUCAUGACCGGUUAGUUUCUCUGAUAACACGUUCUCAGAAUGCCGAGUUCGAGAAACGACCUACUAUUGAUGAGGCAAGGAAUGUCUUGACCGAAGCGGAAGCUCUUUCAAGUAAACCCGAGGAAUUUAUUACAGCUCAAAAACUCGUAACGAAAACACUUGAAUGGGUUCGCCGUGGUAAACGCUUCUUUGGUAAAGCAAACGCUCCACUAGAGAUUUUCAGUCAACAUCUCGAAUUUGUUGAGGAGAAAGACUCAAGCGCAAUGAUUGAUGAAGGUUCAAAUGCUCAUUUGCAUGUUGGUAAUGAGUAUUACAUUAUAGCUGGAUCUAAUCCAGCUGAUUUCCAUUACUGUUUUUGUAGAUUACCCGAGUCCGGUAUGAUGAUUGAAUGUGAAGUUUGUCAUGAAUGGUAUCACGCCAAAUGCAUGAAAAUGUCCAAGAAGAAACUUCGAGCAAAUGAAAAAUUUAUCUGUCCUAUCUGCGAUUAUCGUGUCGAAAUACCUCGUCAUUCCCAUCGACCUCCGUUGAUUGAGCUUCAACAAAUGGUUUCGGACAUCCCUAAUCUUCCUUUUCAACCUGCAGAAGUGAGUUUACUAAAACAAGUCGUGAAUGAGGCCGUAAACUUUCGUGAUCAUAUACAGAACACCAUUCAGGAUCCCUCGAGACUUUCUUUUGAGGACAUUCCUCUAAUCCGGUUCUUUUUGCGAAAAUUAGAGGGAGUGGAAAUUCUGUUUACAGAGGAAAUAAAUGUUUUCCGACAAAAAUUACAUGAGUUAUUGCCAAUUGCACCCCUUCCUCCUCCGUUUAUUGGUGAGAGUAGGUCUAACAGAAAACCGCGCCCCACAAAGCGUCAGCGAGAAAUUAUGGAGCAGGUUGAAAGUGGAAAAUUAACCUCUGCCGAGGGUGCUGCCGCGAUUGCUGCUACCCAAAUACGAAAUCAAAACAACUCUGCUACACGACUUCAGAAUGUUCAUACAUUGAGUACCACCUUAUCACCAUGGGCUAUGAAAAGUUUAGCUGAAGCUGUUUUAAGUCCCGCACCUUUACCAACAGCUGAUACGCUUGUUCAUGCGCCAAAAAUGACAAAUCCCCCAGAUAUCGCUGAAUUUACUGAUUUCAAUUUCGUUGAUAAUCCUCAAAUUCCAGUCACAUCAACGUCGAUUAGUGAGGAUCACAACUCUACUGCUGUUUGUCUGUGUAAGCAACCUUUUGCUAUUUCGGAUGGAAUGGUACAAUGCCACAGUUGUUCCGAAUGGUAUCAUUACGAUUGCGUCGGUCUCUCCUCGGAAAUAGUAAGUACUUUAUCGACUUAUACAUGUCCUGACUGCUGCAACAAGCAGGGAAAACUGUAUCCAUUUAAUACGCGUCCUCGUUCUGUACCCUCUUUAUAUGCAUCCCAGACAUAUCCUCCUAGUGUCCUUCAGGGAACAACUGAGAACGUUGCCAUUUUGAACAAAGCAUUUACUACUUCUGCAAAUCUGUUUGAUAUGUUAACACCCAUGGAUACAACAUCGUACAACUCAAAGGUUGAUUAUUUGAUUGAGGAUAAAAAGCCAGAUCUUUUCACGGAAACUUACCUUAGCAUGUAG